GUGAAAUUUGUCCACAAUGUUCACACUGAGAAUUAGUCACGUGAUUUGUUUUGUAUCUUUAACUUGGUUGGUAAUGGCAGCCGGAGACACCUGCGACUUAACCUCAACAGAUGAUCCAGGACCCUCUUGUGGGUGUGGGGCACUUAAAAGAAAAGCCAAAGAGAAGAGCGAGCAAUCACCUCUGGAGAAAACUGUAACAAUGCUGGAGGAAAUUAUGAGUAGUGAUGAAAAUAUUUCUCCACCAUCAGAUAAGACUGAUGAGAAAAGCCUGAGGACAUUGAAUUUCCCCAGAUCAAAUAAUAUGGUUUUAAUACAAGGUGGGGAAUUCACCAUGGGCACUGACAAUCAAGUCUUUGUGGCUGAUGGGGAAGGACCAGCCAGAAAAGUGAACAUCAAUACGUUUUAUUUAGAUGUUCACGAAGUCAGUAAUUUUGAAUUUGAAUUGUUUUGCAAUGAAACAAAGCACAGAACAGAGGCAGAGAGCUUUGGUGAUUCAUUUGUCUUUGAUCCAUUACUCAGCGAAGAAACUCGAAACACACUAACUCAAGCUGUAGCAGCUGCUCCUUGGUGGGUUCCAGUGGAAGGAGCUGAUUGGCGUCAUCCAGAGGGCCCAGAUAGUGACAUUAUUGGACGGAUGGACCACCCUGUUGUUCAUGUAUCAUGGAAUGAUGCUGUUGCUUACUGUCAGUGGGCAGGCAAAAGAUUGCCAACAGAAGCUGAGUGGGAGUUUGCUUGUCGUAGCGGACUCCCUAAUCGACUCUAUCCAUGGGGGAAUAAAGAAAAUCCUCAUGAAGAACACAGGAUGAACAUAUGGCAGGGAAAUUUCCCUAAUGAAAAUACAGGAGAUGAUGGUUUUAUAUCCACUGCUCCUGUGACAGCAUUUCCUUCAAGUUCAUUUGGCUUAAAGAAUAUGGUGGGAAAUGUUUGGGAAUGGACGGCUGAUUGGUGGACUAUAAGCCACACAGGACACCUGCAAGAUAAUCCAGUAA